CUAUGAGGUCUUGAAUGUGUUAUUUUUUUCUUUCUCCUGAUCAUCGGUGUCGUUUUUGUGCACAACCCAACUUUAUGUAAAUAACUUUGGAGCGUUUCCUCCUGCUGGAGUGGAGCUUUGAUCUGAAGGAAGAGAUCAGUGGAAUGCGUUUUAAAAUGAUGAAAUCAGACCAAGACAUCAUUAAUCUCACAUUGUUUCAUGUCAGUUAUAGCUUUAAAGCCCCAGACUGCCACUGUGCAAACUGAGUGAAAGUGUUAGUCGAAUUGAAUUGAAAUAAACUGCACUGACCCUGACUCACAACUGCGAGUGGAAUAAUCCACAGAGCUUUAAUAAUUCAAGCCUGUGAUCUGUGUCUCAUACCUGCAGCAACAUACACACAAUAAAAGUGUAGUUAACCUCUGCUGAGAGACUCAAAAAAUGAAAGUUUGUCUGAUUUGUCAUUCAUAUAUUUAUUCAAUAAGGUAUCUCAUAAAAUAAUUUUUACAUAAGUUUUCAGUUUUAGGAAAACUCAAAUUCUCCCACCACUGAGUUUUAAAUUGUGAGAUCUCUAUUGCUUCUGAUUCUGUCUUUAGUAAAGUAAACAGUGGUCCUAAAAUAAGCUCCUGUCUCUCAUCUGAUUAAUGAUUAAUUACACUUUUAUUUCCUGUGCAACCUACAAGAAGCAACUUUAAUUCUUCUCCCCCCAUAAACCAGCGUCACUUGAGGGGAAACGACAAUUUAAAACCUGGUUUUAUUUCAUGAGCGAGAUUCCAAAGUCCACACACCUGUAUGUUCUGUGACUGAUCUAUGUUGCAGCAAGUUCCUCCAGGAUUAUGAAGGAGUCAAUGUGAGCAUGCUGGUCAUUGUCCGCAAAAACUCAGGACCAGUCCAAUUUGGAGCGAGUAAGCCAAGAGGCUUGUUGUAAGAAUGAGCCAACAGCACAAAAAUAUCUCUGCGAUGCCAGGACGGCAACGUGCUUCUGCAAACGUGUUAAGAAUAGACCGACAAUAGAGCGUGCGCCUGUCUUCUGUUUUCUGGCAACAGGCGUUUGGCUGCAAAGGGCAGAUGAAGAAGUAAGACGGAGCACGUCAUUUGGUCUGUCAAACUUGGUUUGUUGGAGUCGGUCAGGAAGGAUUUCAACCUUAAGGACUGGGCACACUGAGCUCCAGCUGACCUUUGGCGGGAAUGGUAGAGGUGGAAAAUGGAUGAGCUGAAAAAUGUAGAGUGAAGUGUCACCUGCAGGACUUUUUCAACUUUAUUUUGAGAGUUUUUAGCGCAUUAGGCCGAGUAACCAUGGUAGAAUCAAGUGUCUCUGAGGUCCUCUUUAUCUCCGUCAGUCACAGCAUCACUUUAAUGGGUGAGUCGAUUUCUCUUGUCUUUAUAUCGCUUAAACAGUCUGGAUGUUUUAGGCUUCAAUGAAGUAAUGUCAACGUAACCAUUUUCAAAGGUUGUGUUUCUUCUCAUAUUAAUGUUUUGAUUUAUUUAUUUCACAGGAAAGGUGUGGCUCAUUGUAAUGCUCUUCCUCCGGGUCCUGAUCCUCCUCUUUGCCGGAUACCCUCUGUACCAGGACGAACAGGAGAGAUUCGUCUGUAACACCAUCCAACCCGGUUGUGCAAACAUCUGCUAUGAUCUUUUCUCGCCCGUUUCCCUCUUCCGUUUCUGGCUGGUGCAGCUCGUCGCCUUGUGUCUGCCUUACGUCAUCUUUGUCAUCUACGUCAUCCACAAGGUGUGCAACGCUCUCUCCGUGGCUCUGAACUCAACCGGACAUGCCAAAGCUUUCCAACUCUUCAAGGUCCACAAGGAGCAGUUCAACAAGAUGUGUGUGAACAAGGUGCCAGUGGCAGUUGAGCAGAGAGGGGGGCUGAGGUGCUUCACAGGGGCCUACAUCCUCCAUCUGCUGUUCCGGACGCUGUUGGAAGCCGGAUUUGGGGCCGCUCAUUAUUACAUGUUUGGGUUCUACAUCCCCAGGAGAUUCCUGUGCCAGCACGCUCCGUGCACCACUCAGGUGGACUGCUACAUCUCCAGGCCCACCGAGAAGACGGUUAUGCUCAACUUCAUGCUCGCUGUGGCCGCUCUGUCCCUUUUCCUCAAUGUUCUGGAUUUCAUUUGGGCCGUCAAGCGAUCGCUGAAGCACAACACCAAGAGGAAGAGGAAGGUUGAGAAAAUAUUUGAAGAGGAGCGCUGCUUCCUCUCUGCCGGUGUGGCAUCCACUUGCAGAGAUCCUAGCACAUCCUCUACUCAGCAAGAUAUAGAGGCCCAAUCCGAGAAAAUGGAAAGUUUCAGGAAGAGGCACGGGAGUGGUGGGAAAUUUCAUUCAAGUCCGAAGGCGUCCAUCCUGGGGCAUUGCGCGCACCCUUGCUCUUCAGAGCCUCUGUGCUGCAACAGUGGUAACAAAGACAUCUUGAUCUCCCAAGAGGAGGUUCUGGAGAGGAAUGGCAGCGAGGUCGCCCUCUGCCCCCAGGAGACCAUAGGGACGCCAAGGCCCAUUAGAGUCAGCAAACGCAACAAACUUAAACCCCCACCUCCACCCAGGCUGGACCUCAAACCACCCUCUGGGGAAUCUGUAGCACCGGUCAAGGAUGUUUCCAUGACAACUUCAGUCUGCACCCGGAGAGUGGGUCAGUAUUCGCUGUUUGAACUUGGAAACGGUAUUGAGCCUCAAAGCGGUGAAGGUGGUCAGGAGAAAAGAUCAGAGUGGGUGUGAGCUUUAGGCACACAUUACUGUAGUUCCCCGUACUACAGCAAUGUGUUUUUCCUUUAAACCCAGGCUGCUGUUUAGUUUGAGAAUCUGAAAUGGAGACAUAAACAUCAGACACAACACAUCAUAAUUAGAGAUGCACCAAUCAGAAUGGGCUGCUGCUUUCUGCACUCCAAACAAGUCAGUCAUGAACCACUGCAGAAGUACAAAAUUACUAAAUAACCUUGAGUCUUUUUCACUUCAUACGCCUAUAAAAGAAUUUGAGCACUUGUAUGACCUGGUAGUUGUUAUGCAUGAUGUGUUUACUGAUUGGAAAAAAAAUAAUCUUUCCUUUUCUAGCUGCCUGGACACUGGUUAGGGGUGAUCAAGUUGGAAAUUGUUUUGUUUUUUUUAGUGCCGCUCUAAUCAUAAUCCAUUAUGUUGCUUUUUUUUAUUAUUUGCCCUCUCUCUUAGGGUACGUGCUCUGUGACGCUACGACAAAAAUCCUCCUACCUCCUGAAUCAGAGUUAGCAAUGACAGAAGAGUUUUGAAUAAGGCGUCUUUGAGCAAGCGUCGUUCUUGGGGGGUAUUAAA